GGCGCCCUCAAAGCUCGUGAGAGAGGUGGCUCGGGGUGAGAUCCCUGUGGCGGCUCCCGAUGGCGACCCCUGCUGGAACAGUAUAUUGUGUUCUGGAGAGGAUCAGAAGUUUUUCAGAGAAAGCGGAGAUACGCACGGCAGGACGAAGAGGUCCGGUAGAAGAAGCAUGAAGCCGAACAACGCGUACAAUAAUAUUACGAAGAAGGAAGACGAUUCGUGGCCGUCGAUACAGGACAUAAUCGAUCAAGUUCACAAGAACAUCUCUCACUGGAGAAGAGAGGAGGCGAUAGACUACAAUUGGCCUUAUUACUUCCAUUUUCCGACGUUCGAUGGAGAAAUCGACUCGACGACGGAGGAGCCAAGGGGCAAAACAAGAAACACCCCUUCGCCACCAAGCGAGGACUUCAUGUCCAAGUUCGUCUUCAGGAAAAUCGACACCAGCUCCUUGAAGCAGGCCAUACUCGCAAUUUCCGUCAGGAAAAGUGGAAUGAGCAGGAAACGGAAGCAGGAGAGGAAAGAGUGGACACAAGUCACGACUACUCCCGUACCGACUAACAACCGCACCAGGCAUCUACGGAGGCUUCACGAACACUUGAAAGCAUUGUCGGCGGCUAAAGCGCGGCUACAUCACAGGUGGCUUCAAAAGGAAAAAAUACAGAGCAAACUUUUGACGUAAUCUCUUCCGAUGAAGCGAACGCGAAGAGGAGGGAGUUAGCAGAGAGGAAGAUUGUAAAUACGACACACAGAUCGGAUGGACAUGAAAGGAAAUAUCCUGUAUAUUUCUCGUUUUUAACAUAUUGGAACUAAUACAGAAAUAUUUUUUUAUCCACCCUUUUGAGAGGGUUUUUUUCUUUUUAUACCGUUCAACUUGAAACAAUGGAAAUAAGUCAAACUCGGGGAUUUUUAUUUUGAAAGGGUUCAACAAAAAUGGGUGAGGGGGGUCGUAACAUCCUUCCUGAGUCGUAGUGGUUUGUUUAUAUGUCGUAAGCUGUGAGCACCCAUUGAUUUAUGGCGGCAUUUUGUCGUUUAAUGUCGUAGCCAGUAGUGUGCUUAUUGAGGUAACGGCACAUUAUUUUGUUACGCCCCUUUUUCCACCUCGGCCAUCGUCGCACAUCUAGAAUCGUUUUCCCUUGGAUUUCCACUGCCAACCGGAUCACAUUUUAUCAUUUCUCCUCCCUUUGUAAAUUAGAAAAAAAAUAUAGUGAGAAAGAUUAAAUCAUGGAUUACCAUAUAUUUAUAUUUAAUUUAGAAUGAAUACAAACGUGAACGGUUUAUUUGAAAUGCUCUACUUAAACAAGCCAUUUGAAAAUUUUUCACUGCCAUGAUGAUCGUAACUGUGAUUUCUCUUCUUCAAAAUUAAAAUUAUAAUACGCCCAGAUAUUUGAAAUAUAAAAUAUCACAGUUAUAUUUUGUCUUGGUGCCUUUUUUCCAUUGUUUCAAGCUGACUUUUGUAAAAUGGUAUUUUUGAAAACUGGACCGAAAUAAAAUCGAACAGGUCGAUUAGUAAUGAACAAAAGACAAAAAUAAAGACUUUGUGAAUGUGAUCCUUCUCUAAUUACAAAUAUGUAACAUGAUAUAUCACCAUUAUAUAUUUAAAAGGUCGCUUAAUGUGAAAAGAAAAUAUGUUAAAUAGUCUAUUUUACAAC